AUGGAUUGUUUGUGGUUCUGCAUGCACUGGGUACUGUUCUUUUACGUUCUGAGGAUGUUUUUGUGGUAUCUAAUUCUCUCCUGCUUCCUUAGGGCGGUGUGCAAGAAGUUUGGGCUACAUGUGAGCCGGCUGAUGUUGGCCUUCUUAGUACUCAGCACUGGAAUGUUUUGCUCCUCGGCAGCUUUCCUCCCAAGCAGUUUCUGCAUGUACACCACGGUGAUUGCCAUGACUGGCUGGUAUAUGGACAAGACCUCUGUAGCAGUGCUGGGGGUGGCUGCUGGAGCCCUUCUGGGCUGGCCCUUCAGUGCAGCUCUUGGGCUUCCUAUUGCCUUUGACUUGUUGAUAUUGAAGCAGAGGUGGAAAAGUUUCCUAAACUGGUGUGUGGUGUCAUUGAUCCUGUUCUUGGUGCCCUUGGUAGUUGUGGACAGCUAUUACUAUGGGAAGCUGGUAGUUGCACCUCUCAACAUUGUUUUAUACAAUGUCUUCACCUCUCACGGACCUGAUCUCUACGGUACGGAACCCUGGUCCUUCUAUUUCAUCAACGGCUUUCUGAACUUCAACGUGGCAUUUAUUUUGGCGCUGCUUGUGCUGCCACUGACUUGUCUCAUGGAGUGUCUGCUUCAGAAAUUUCAUGUUCAGAAUCUGGGCCGUCCCUACUGGCUGACACUAGCUCCUAUGUACCUUUGGAUCAUGAUUUUCUUCAGUCAGCCCCACAAAGAAGAACGGUUUCUCUUUCCCAUCUAUCCCCUCAUCUGUCUCUGUGGUGCUGUGGCUCUGUCUGCUCUUCAGAAAUGUUACCACUUCAUAUUCCAGCGUUACCGCCUGGAACACUACACGGUCUCCUCCAACUGGCUAGCUCUGGGCACUGUCUUUCUUUUUGGCCUUUUAUCAUUGUCACGCUCUGUUGCCUUAUUCAGAGGCUACCACGGGCCCCUGGACCUAUACCCAGAAUUUCACAGGAUUGCUACUGACCCCAGCAUUCACACUGUGCCAGAGGGGAGACCGGUUAAUGUCUGCGUGGGAAAGGAGUGGCACAGAUUUCCAAGCAGCUUUCUCCUGCCAGAUAAUUGGCAGCUCCAGUUCAUCCUGUCAGAAUUCAGGGGCCAGUUACCAAAACCGUUUGCCAAGGGACCAAUGGCCACACGGAUCAUUCCCACUGACAUGAAUGACCAAAACAAGGAAGAGCCAUCUCGAUAUAUUGACAUUUCCAAAUGCCACUAUCUGGUGGACUUGGAUACAGCAGCUGAAACCCCAAGGGAGCCAAGGUAUUCCUCCAACAAAGAAGAGUGGGUAACCAUUGCCUACAAGCCGUUCCUAGAUGCUUCCAGGUCCUCCAAGCUGCUGCGUGCAUUCUACAUCCCUCUCCUCUCAGAACAGUACACAUGGUAUGCAAACUAUACUAUUCUGAAAUCCCGGAGGUCGAAGCAAACCAGGAAAAAAGUGGGAGGCUAGCAACACACCUGGGCAACAAAACCAAAAGCAUCUGCUGACACUCUUGGACAGCUGCCUAAAGCCAUCUUCAGUUUCCUUUUUGAAAGAUUGCGCUUGUAAGAUUCACUAAUAAAGAUCUCCCGUGAAGUGAUUUCACUCUGCAA